AGUUAGUGGCGGAGAGGAGAGGACGGUAGUGAAGGAAAGAACCAAGGAGGAGGCGGACGAGGAGGAGGGAGAUGAGGGCGCCAACUUCCUCAAGAGCCGUCAGCAGAUGAAGAUGUCAGAGCUGGACGAGCAGUUGGCUGAGUACAUCGCGGAAUGGAGGAAGCAGCGAGCCAAGGAGGAGGAGGAGCUCAGGAAACUCAAGGAGAAGCAAAAGAAGAGGAAGGUUCUCCGCGCUGAGGAAGAGAAGAAGCUGACCGAACAGAAGAAGGCCGAGGAAGAGAGGAGGAUGAGGGAAGACUCCGAGAGGAAGCAGAGGGAACAGGAGGAGAAGAGGAAGAGGCUGGAGGAGGCUGAGAAGAAACGCCAGGCUCUCAUGAAGGGAAGCGUUGAAGGAGGUGGCAAGAAGUUUACCCGCAGAGGAGGCGGCGACAAGCUCUCCAACAUCCAGGCUGCCAAGGGUGAGCUGGGCAAGACCCGUGAACAGCUUGCCGAGGAGAAGAAGAUCGCUCUCUCCAUUCGUGUCAAGCCUUUGAACAUUGAUGGCAUCGGCUCUGCUAACCUCCGCUCCAAGGCUGAGGAGAUGUGGGCCCUUAUUGUCAAACUUGAGACCGAGAAGUACGACAUGGAGGAGAGAAUGAAACGCCAGGACUACGAUCUGAAGGAGUUGAGAGAGAGGCAGAAGCAGCAGCUCAGACAAAAGGCUCUUAAAAAGGGUCUCGAUCCUGAGGCGUUGACUGGCAAGCACCCGCCUAAGAUCCAGACUGCCUCCAAGUUUGAGCGCCGUACUGACCGCCGAACCUACGACGACAAGAAGAAGCUGUUCGAGGGUGGCAUUGUGUCAACCAAUAAGGAAGAGAAGGAGAAGAGAUGGAUGGAGCUCAAAUCUCAGUUUGAGGGACGUGCGAAGGCCAAGCUGCCCAAGUGGUUCGGUGAGCGCCCCGGCAAGAAGAAGGACGACCCAGAGUCCCCCGAGGAAGCCGAGGUCGAAGAGGAGCUGGAACCACCUCCCCCAGAGCCCGAGUACGAAGAGGAAGAGGAAGAAGAGGAGGAGGAGGAGGAAGAGGAGGAGGAGGAGGAGGAGGAGGAAGAGGAGGAAGAGGAAGAAGAGUAAAUGGUGUACUCCUCGCCUCCACCUGUCCUCGCCUCCACACCUCAACACAUGUACUCGCCUCGCGCUGCUCCUCCACUUUCCCCUCACUCUCACUCUCUCUCUGUCCUUCUGUAUCACGAAAUAAGCUGAUUACCAACAUCAUCCUAAUCACUCACAUUUCGGCAGUUCAUUCUAUACUACUACUAUUACUACAGUCACUACAGCGACUUAUAAGUAGGGCCACGUUAAGUAACCUCCACCUGGCGAUUGAAGUAAGUGUCUGGCAGGACGGAAAAUAAGUUAGACAUUUAUUUAAGCUGAAGUACAUGGAGAGGGAAAAAUGUCACGGCAAUAGAGGUGUGUUUCCUCCUUUUUUUCCCUGUGUUUUCCCCUCUGUGGUAGUCAGUUUGGGCUAGGGGAGUGGGAGAGAGGUGGUGGUUGGCCAGUCAGUCACCAUGUAGUCAUCUUAACCGCUCUCCCAGCCCGUAGCCCCCCUCAUCACCAUCUUCACUAUCAUUACGCGUGGUUGGUUUUUAUCGCCGAAAUAAUGAAGAAAAACAUUGAAGAUUCUUAUAUAACGUUCUUGUGACUUAUGAUUAUUAUUUAUCAUAUGUACUUCCACUACUACUCUUAUUAUUAUUAUUAUUAUUAUUAUUACUAUUAUAUCUACGGUCUACUAUUUUCUUCUUUCUAAUCAAACGUGGAAAUCUUCAAAAUAUAAGAUGUUUAUCAAAG